AGAAAUUUUUGCACUUUUCAGUAGUGAAGCUGCCGAGAUAAGCGUCAUCAUCCCAAAUAUAAUCGGUAUCUUUUAUGACGUAAAUCUCUUACAUGUAUGGAGGCCAUAUUCUUUUAAACCUUUCUGUCACUCGUUGAUAAAUAUUUAUGUAUACAAUUAUAUGAAAGGCUUUACCUGUGUCGCGAAAGCUGAUCAGUUUUUAAAAUAUACUUAUUUACUGUAAACAAAUAUUUUACUAUGGAAGAUAAAAGCGCUUUAAAAGAAUUGGACUCUUGGAUAGAGCAACUCAAUGAAUGUAAGCAACUAACUGAAAAUCAAGUAAAAACGUUAUGCGAAAAGGCAAAAGAAAUUUUAGCUAAGGAGUCAAAUGUUCAAGAAGUAAAAUGUCCUGUCACAGUCUGUGGGGAUGUUCACGGUCAAUUUCAUGAUUUGAUGGAACUUUUUCGAAUUGGUGGAAAGUCUCCAGAUACCAAUUAUCUUUUUAUGGGAGAUUAUGUGGAUAGAGGAUAUUAUUCAGUUGAAACUGUGACACUUCUCGUAGCUCUAAAAGUUCGCUACAGAGAAAGAAUUACAAUUCUUAGAGGUAAUCAUGAAAGCAGACAAAUUACACAAGUUUAUGGUUUUUAUGAUGAAUGUCUUCGUAAAUAUGGCAAUGCUAAUGUAUGGAAGUAUUUCACAGAUCUUUUUGACUAUUUGCCACUUACUGCACUUGUAGAUGGUCAGAUAUUUUGUUUGCAUGGUGGUUUAUCUCCAUCAAUUGACACUCUAGAUCAUAUCAGAGCACUUGAUCGUUUACAAGAAGUUCCUCAUGAGGGACCAAUGUGUGACCUCCUAUGGUCAGAUCCUGAUGAUAGAGGUGGCUGGGGUAUUUCUCCUCGUGGAGCUGGUUAUACAUUUGGCCAAGAUAUAUCUGAAACAUUCAAUCAUAGUAAUGGAUUAACAUUAGUUGCCAGGGCUCAUCAAUUAGUAAUGGAGGGUUACAAUUGGUGCCAUGAUAGAAAUGUAGUAACUAUAUUUAGUGCUCCUAAUUAUUGUUACCGGUGUGGAAAUCAAGCUGCAAUAAUGGAAUUAGAUGAUGCUCUUAAGUAUUCUUUUCUUCAGUUUGAUCCGGCACCAAGAAGAGGUGAACCACAUGUUACAAGGCGUACUCCAGACUAUUUUCUUUAAAAACAGACUAAACUUCUUAACUGUUGUAUUACUUAGAUUCUGUAUACGUUUUUACGAAGCUGCUGGAAAAAACAUUUCAGAAAGCAGGAGGCAUUUUUCUUGCUGUAAAUGUUUGUGGAUCAAUACUUGUCUCAUCUCUUUGAGUUCUUCAUCGCAAUGCAUAGUUCGACAGAUAACUUUUAGUAAUUGAGACUUUUCAAUGUUAUUACCCUCUCUUCUUUCUUUUUUUUUAUUGUAUGCCAUUAUGUACUUGUUUCAUGACACUAAUUGUAAAAUAUGUUUUGCUUGAUUAAUACUCAGAUACUAAAAGUAUUCUGUACACAUUACUCAAGCACAUGCAGCAUAAUUCCUUCAAUUAUGGCUCCCGUGUGUAGAGUAAUGUGUUAAUUUGUGCGUGGGUGAAUUUUUAUGUUAUCCACACCAGUUUAAAAAAAAAUAUAUGUAGUUUCAUUUAGUAUAAUCCAGUGUAUACUGUUGUUUUAAAACUUAUAUACAGAAGCUGACAUUCUUUUUUAUACUUGAAAUUCAUUUGAUUGUGCUGCUUUUUGUUAAGCAAAAGAAAUCAUUUUUUGAAAUGAACUUUAUCUCCCACUUCUGUACUCUCCAGUAUGAAAACAAUUAAUGUACAGAUUUUCUCCCAAAGGAAAAAAUAAAAAGAACACAUCUUUGUUCGA